AAGUAAAGGGAAAUGUGCUUUUGGGAGUUUGCAAACAUAUUUUAAGGUUGUGUUAAACUUAUAAUCAUAUUAAUAUCUAGUAUUGGAGUGCUCGUGUGGAUUGGUGGGGCCGAGGAAUGUGCAGGCAAACUGUAUGAACUUGUUUUCUCGGAAGUGUUGUGUAUAGUUCUAGACAGGGAGUACCGGACGAGAUAAUCUCAAGGUCGGUGAGCUACGAGAACAACGAGCAACUAUAUGAAACCAGACUUCGAGGGGAAAACCAAACCGUCUGACCUCAGCGACACCUGGACGGGGAGGAGAUGGCCAUCCACCAAUCAUCUCACAAUAUUUUGCAUGCUUUAAUAUUCAUAUUGUGUUUCUUUAAAACUGGGCAACCCGGAAGAAUGUGUCGUCUUUUGGUGGUCACAAAAACGCACGAGUUUUAGUGUGAGGGACCCGGGACCCAGGCCUGUAUUAGUGCGCUUUGUCAGGAAUAAAUAAUUGGUAAAUUUGGUCUAAUUGAUCUACUGGUCUUCUCUUUGACAGAACGAACUCGCAAAAUUGUUAGGUGCGCCAGUGUGUGGAUUAGGACAUUGCAAUUUAUGUGUUAAGUGUUGAUCCCAAUUUGGAGUCAGAUCAAUAGCUAAAAUCCGUAUCCUAACAGUUUCUUGGUGACCCCGUACGUGAUGUCAAGAGAAGGGUAAUUGACAAACUCGUGGUCUGUGUCCAAGUCAUCGGACAGUUAGUCUGGGACAGCUGUCUCCCGGUCGGCGUACCGUUUGAAUAAGGAAUAAGCGCACAACGUUGAGCUGGUACGACGUCUCCUAAACCCUGAGCUCAUCAAUGAUAAGGUAAGCAGAAUACCUGUUACUAUAUGUCGAAAUUCUGCAAAUUGAAAGAGGAAAUUUAAGAGGAGACUGUCGUUCAGAUCAAAUAAGGUGUGCAUGAAGUGAAUAUACAUACGGUGAAUAAGUUUGGAACUUACGUGUGUAACGUGUACGGUAAAGUCAGGGACUUACGCGUACUACGGAUAGGUCAGGGACCUAGUGCUUCGUCGUGGCGGACAAGGGUACGGUGACGAUCGUAUUCAGAUAGCUGGGGUUAAUAAAGAGAUCCCCGAGGGGAAGUGAGGCCUCCUCAAAAAAUAUCCGGUGGUAACAGUUCCUCCUGUGAGAGACCAGACCGCUAAAAUAUCCAAAAUGUGCAACCAAAUUGGGGGGAGUGUGUGUGUGAUGAGAGGAAUGAAUGGAGUGAGAUUGAGAGGAAUGUAUGCUGGAAGUGCAAAUUGUGAGCUACAUGAGAGAUGGAUUCGAAUCCCUUUGUCUGUGUGUUCUGUGUAUGUGCGUAAUCUCUGUAAAAGUUUGUGUCAGUCUAUCGUCGUUCGUCUGAGCUCUGCGCGAGCACUUUGUGUAUUGGCGUGCGUGCCGUGCGGAUGCGUGUGUGUAUGUGCGGUUGUGUGCGCGCUCGCUGUGUGUGCGUUUAUGUGUACAUGUGUGGUUGCGGGCGUGUGAGGAGGAAGAAGAUGAUGUUGUGAUGCAACAGAGAAAAAUGUUGGAGUGCGCGAAUCAGGACAGUAGAAAGAAGUGCAGCCAGGGAGAGAGAGAGACACGGAGAAAAUAUAAUUUGCGGAGUGGUCAGGGACAGAUGACACAGGCCGAGGUGCAGAAAAAUGAAUUGAUGUGUCCGCUGGUGACCACAUCGGGCGGUCAGCACUACGAGCCCAUGGUGCUCCGUGAUGUGACCGCGAUGAUGGAAAAGAUGCCCCCACUUCACAGAGGAGGCAAGGUGUGGCUGAACAAAUUUUUAGCUCUGAUGAGUGGGCAGAGCUGUACACUCGGUGACAUGCGCCAGAUGUUGGCAGGAGCAUGCUCUCUAGUGCAAUUGCAGGCAAUUGAGGAAGCAGCAGGCACAGCGAGGCUGGGGAGGGAGGUGCCCUUGCCACAAGUAGCAGCGCCCCUGUUUGAAAACAUUAAAUUGACUUUCCCACAACCCACCGAUCUGGCCCCCACUAUGUUUCCUUAUGAUGUGAAAAUGUCACCUGCACAACAUUAUGUAACAUGUGUGGAAAGUUGGAUUGAAACCACAGGUCGACAUCCAGCUCUCACGCACGAGGCAGAGGUGCUCUUCCGAACGGCGCUGCUGGAUGGACUUCCGCCAGAUGUGAAGAAGCAGCUAAUGUCAGAUCCUGACAUUCUGGCUCCUCAGGUGGUGGGGCGCGGAAGGGGCCAGUUCCGGGGCGGAUACAGAGGCCGGGGAGGGAGUGCACCUGCUUACCCGGGGAGGGCAACAUACAAGCCCCAUUCAACAAAUGCAUGUUUCAUCUGCGGCGAAACCGAUCACUGGGCAAGAGGAUGUCCACAGUAUCGACCACGCGGAGCCACCCACCCAGCCGAAGGCCCGCCAUACCAACCCGGAGCGCCGAUGCAACAGGCAGGAACAGCUCCACCCGGUGGACGGCCCUGGCAACAGCCACAAACGCACGGAGGUCAGUACUACCAACAUGAUGAUCUCUGGUGUGGACAAUUUGAAUAGGGCUGCCCGGGGAGCCAGGAAAGCAGUGGCCCGGCGGAGCCAAUGCUUCAUGUGACAGUGGAAGGAAAACCUGUGAAGAUGCUGGUGGACACGGGAGCAACUUAUUCAUCAAUAAACACUGCCCUUCCUGUAUCCUCACUGUCAAAGAAAACAACGACUUUAGUCGGCUUCUCGGGACAACCACGUACUCUGCCUUUCACCAAACCACUUGAAACUGUGAUCACCCGAACAGGGUGUAGACUGUGGCACAAAUACAUCCAUUCCACAGACACUCCGAUCAAUUUGAUGGGAAGGGACUUGCUGUCAGCCGUUCAAGCCAGAAUUCUGUGUGGGCCAGAGGGAGUGAUUAUUCAAUUUCCAGAUGGCAUCAGCAUCCAGUGCUCACAGCAGCUACAACAACAUGGUCAGUGGCUGAUGGCGCCCCUACCGGCAGAAGCAGAAACUGCAACCAUCUACUGGGCCAGGCUGGAGCCAGAGACCCCUGCUGGUGGCGGUGUGUUCUCGACCUACCUACUGUGGAAGCCCUGGAUCUGCUCACUGGCGCCAUACCACCCACCUGUUGAUCCUUUGCAUUGCACGCUAUAUUAUGACCGAAAAAGUGAUGAUGUUUAUCGGGAUUUGUUUGAAGAAAUUGAAGGGCACAUGUGGGAUUUAACUUCAUCAUGCAUUUUGAUUGGUAAAGAGGGAGUUGCAGCAGCUACUGAAUUAACACCAGAACAAAUGCAGUGGUUCAAAAUGACAGAAAAAGGGGUACCACACAUUUCACUAGCUCUUGCCCCAGGUCAUGAAGCCAGAGAAUUGGGCUCAAUGGUCAAACAUUUGUUGCUGCAAACCGACUGGCGGAAGACACACAUCCCUAAUUUGUACUGGUCAGAGUCUCAGAAAGCUUACCAAAUUAAACAACCCAUGGUAGACUCAGGGCUGCUGGAGAUGAUGUUGGUAUCUCGCACACAUGGCAGGGAAUUAACUGAUCAUGAGGACGCUGAAGUAAUGCUCGCGGCCUUGCCCGACACCUUGUGGUCCCAAGGUCCAUUUGAUGUCGGGUUUUGUCACUCGAUGGCCCCUAUUGAUCUCCAAAUGGAUGAGACGCAGCCUAUCAAACGACCCCAAUAUCGUUGGCCGAGUGAGGCGAACCAAGGCAUGGAAGACACUCUCUGCGGCCUCUGGGACGCAGGGGUGUUGGAAGUGUCAUGCUCCGAAUGGAACACCCCGUUAAGGCCAGUCCAAAAAGCAGAUGGGAAAACAUGGCGCAUGGCGCAUGAUUUGAGAGCAGUAAAUGAUGUCACUAUAACUCCUGUUCUUCCUGUGCCAGACCCGCACCGAAUCCUUGCAUCAUUGAACCCUGCCUAUCAGUGGUUCACCGUGAUUGAUUUGGCUAAUGCCUUCUUCUGCCUUCCGCUUUCCCCCUCAGUGCGGCACGUGUUCGCAUUCACUUACAAAGGGAUGAAAUUACAAUACACUCGCAUGCCGCAGGGAUUCAAAAAUUCGCCAGGAUUGUUCAAUCAGGUCCUCAAAGAACUCCUCGAACCAUGCCAAAUGCCGGAUGGCACAUUGUUGUUGCAAUAUGUCGAUGAUUUGUUGAUUGCAGCAAAGGACGAGCAGGCGUGUCUUGCAGGAACAAAGAAAGUGUUGUUGUGGUUAGGAGAGAAAGGGUUCAAGGUGUCAAGGAAGAAACUGCAAUGCUGUCGCCAACAGGUCACUUUUCUAGGUCGAGUGUUGACCCCUAGUGGCCUCGCCAUGUCGCCUGAACAUAGAAACUCCAUCCUCCGGCACCCACGGCCCGCCACCGUCCAGGAGAUGCUAUCAUUCCUGGGGUUGUGUGGCUACAGCAGACAUUACAUACCCUGUUUUGCCGACAAAACUGGUGUCCUCCGAGCCCUGAUCCGCGAACAGGGGGCCAGGAAUCUCAAGGCUUGCCUGGUCUGGACACCGGAGGCUACCGAGGUCUUUGUGUCACUGGUGCAGGAGCUGGCCUCUGCUGCGACCUUGGCCACUCCUGACUACACUCUGCCCUUCCAUCUAGAUGUCUCUAUUUCAGGGAAAGUUGUGAAUGGAGCUCUGUACCAGAAAAUGCAGCAUGGACGUGCAGUGUUGAUGUAUUGCAGCGUCCCCUUGGACAACAUUGAGCAACGACAACCCGAUUGUUCCAGGUAUGCGGCUGGCCUGGCGAAGGUCUUACUCAAAACAGCCCACACGGUCAUGGGGCAUCCAGUCUAUGUGUUAACUGAUCAUGCGGUCUCCUCGUUUGUCGCAUCGGCGGCAUUCACGUUGACUCCGCUGCGACAAACACGAUUGUUGAAAAUAUUGACUGCCCCAAAUGUCAACUAUGUCCAUUCCGGUGUGAACAUGGCCGAUCAAUUGUUGGUGGGACCCCAUGAGUGUGCAUCAAAGGUCCAGACGGUGACGAAAGUCCGACCUGACCUCUAUUCCACUCCGCUCGGGCACGGUCGGGUGGCGUUUACAGAUGGCUGCUGUUGGAGAGACAGGAUGGGCUCCCUCCAUGCGGCCGCGGCGGCGGUCGAGUGGAGGGAUGGCUCCUUCCAGCCUCUUAAAGUGAUGAAGCUCAACACCCACCCAUCAGCCCAGGCGGCGGAAGUCUUUGCUCUGGUGUUAGCUUUGCGACAAUGCAAGGGGGAGGCCGUGACCAUCUAUUCUGACUCCGCUUAUGCGGUGUCGGCGGCUUUGAUCGAUCUGGUAGGGUGGCUACAGAAUGGGUUCACGACGGCCAGAGGCUCGGAGAUUGCGCACAAGGAUUUGAUGUUGCAGUUGUUUGAGGCGUUGAAGUACCCGAGCGAGGUGGCCAUUGUCAAAGUGCCUGGUCACUCCAAAGCUGACACUUUAGUGGCUAGGGGGAAUCGAGCGGCUGAUGAAUUGGCCAAGCAGACGGCCGGGUACGGCGGGGCAGAGGACAUGAUGGUGUCCCGCGGUCCACUAAUUGUGGACGGGGAGCACCCCGACUCCUGUUUGCCUCUGUCACUCUCGCAUGCCGAUCUGUGUGCCGCCCAGGGUGCCACCUCCCCGGAACAAAAAUCGGUUUGGCUGGCAGCAAAGGCUGUCAAACGAUCAGAUGGCUUGUGGGUAGGACCCAAAGGACAGCCAGCUCUUCCGGAGGGAAGGCUGAUGUCGGAGAUCCUGACACAGGCUCACACACCUUCCCAUGUGGGUCCCCAUGCCAUGAUGAUCCAUCUUCGAAGUUGGUGGCAUCCCAAACUCUCGGAUGUGGUCUGGAAAUUCGUUGCAGAUUGUGAGUCUUGCCAGACGUUCAAUGCACGCCCUACGUUGAAACCAAAGCCCGGCCUGUUUCAGCCGGCCCCGUGGCCGGGGGCAGAGGUGAUCAUUGAUUUUACCGACAUGAGUACAAGAGUGAAUGGGAAACGCUUUUUGCUUGUGAUGGUUGACGCUUACUCAGGCUGGCCUGAGGCAUAUCCGUGCUCGAAAGAAGAUUCUACUGCUGUGAUCAAGGCUUUGAUCACCCAUUACAUCCCCACGCAUGGUUUCCCGGCCCUGAUCCGCUCUGACAAUGGUACACACUUUAACAACAAAGCCUUGGCCAAGGUAGAAUCAAUUUUGGGGUUGAAGCAUCGAUUCGGCUGUGUCUACCAUCCUCAGAGUCAGGGCGGAGUUGAACGUAUGAAUCGAACACUGAAGGAGAAAUUAGCCAAAAUUAUGGCUCAAACGACAAUGAAUUGGCUCCAAGCGCUCCCGCUUGCCUUGUUGUCUGUGCGGCAAUCCGUUAACAGGCGCACUGGAUUCGCACCAUUUGAAUUGAUGACGGGUCGUCUAAUGCCGGGACCAGCAACGACGCUCGUCCCACCAGAGGAUGUUACGGUACCAAAUUUGUCUCAUGCAGCAUACUGGUCCUAUUUGUCUGCUUUGGUGUCCAGUGUUUCUGCACAGAUUGGAGAGAAAUCCGCUGCGGCUGCGGCGGAGGAAGGCGUGUCAGCGGAGAAACAGCUCACGCCGUACGUGUACGUCCGAGUCAUCUCUAGAAAGUGGACGGACCCCCGGUGGAAGGGCCCCUUUCGUGUCUUGGCCAGGACGUCUCACGCGGCCCAGCUCGACUUCAAAGGACGCCGGUGGUAUCACUACUCACAACUCCGUCCGGCCCCAGAGUUUGUUCCGUCAGGAUGAAGGUAUUCCUGUUUGGCCGUGUCCCGGACCCGGCCAAAAGGGGGGGAACAGAAGGAACAAUACGGAAAAGGAAAGGUUUUUGGGAAUUUUCAGAAUUAUUUUUAGUAGGAGUGCUAUGUGUGAGUUGUCUUUUUGUGUGGGCAUUGAUGACAAUUGAUGAGACCAUCCAGCAGAAAACGUCCCAAAUUCAAAAUUCACCCACCAACAAACAAUACCGAUGCAGAGGAAAAGUAGUCUAUGAAGCUGAGGUGAACACAACAGAAGAGCUCUCACGAGAGGAACAGGAAGGUUUGAGACAGAGAUGUGACAGCAAAAAUUGGCAAACGUAUGUCACGUUGUCUAAUUGGACAGAGACCAACCAAACCUUACAUGACAAAUUGGAAAAGUACCAGAGAAGGGUGUGGAGGAACCAAAUUCAACAAGUAAAGAGAGUAUUGGAUUUAGCCCCACCCGAUAGAGAAGGGACAUGUAUUUACCAAUGUAAAGAAGAUGGACAGUUUGUUGUUGCUUCGUGUCAUGGACAAAAGAAGUUAACAUAUGGAGAAAUGUGGUUGUUUUAUUCUCAAUGCUCAGAGAAUGAGUUUGGUUUGUUCUCGGUUGAGAGGGCAUUGGAGAGUCACGGCAUACAAUUAUCCACUCAGAUGACGCAGAUGGCGGUGAAGGUAAGUAAAGGGAGGUUGAACGAUAAAUUGAAAAACCCCGCCCCAAUCAAGGAACCAUUGUGGUACUGUAAUGGAACAGGGUGCCCCACAGCAUAUUACAAUGUGUCUGAGUACCAUUUAAACAUCCGGUCCAAAAGACAAGUGGUGACUGGAGUCACUCAGACACACCGCGGGCUCUGCGAACCGGUUCAAUCAUUCAAAUGGGGGAUCCAGGUUUGCAUCCCUAAAAAUGUGACAGUACAAAUUACCAUACCGUUUGAUAGUUUGGUCAACGGGCAGAUUAGAGGACAAGAUUAUCGGGAUUAUGAUUGGUAUUUGACCAAUGAGUUGGUAAACAGGGGUUGGAAAAAUUUGGUAUGGGACACCAAAGAUUGGUAUAAAUCAUGGGGGACUAGUGUCCAAGCGAAACAGCAUCAGCAAAUGAUAAGAGGGGACAAAACACAGACAGGCAUCACCUUGUGGGUUAAUACUUCGCACGAUUUACAUUUGGGAAGCCGCACAAUUGGAUGCUGGGGUUUCCAGUUAAACAUAUAUAUGUAUGGAUACCCGUAUUGGCAGGUGUUCCUAUGUCAAGGUGAGGAUGCCGAACAAGAAAUAUCCUUGAGUCCCUCGACAAACCCUCGAAUCCUCGCAAAAGCAGUCAGGAGCGUAGAUGAUUGGUUUAGGAUCACCACGGGAGUCACUGCUAUAAAUAAUAAUUGGCUUUUGAUGGCAGAACAAGCUGCUAAUACUACUGGUGAAGAUUGUGUGGUCUGUCUUAAGGCAAGAGUAGUGUUGAAAAUUGUACCAGCGGCAGUAGAAUCAUCUUGUAUCCUACAGGUGUUGACCCAGCCCAGUACUAGUGGUAAUUGUUUUAUUUAUGAGGAUAUUUUCCCAGUCGUAGGCUCGGAAAAAAGAAAGCCUAUUUUUGACAACCAUGUGACUCAACAAAAUAUGACAUGUUUAAAGUUAAACGGAACCGGCAUAAGUAUUGGGACAAUAGAUCCCACAUGGUGCAAAGUCAAUUUGUCACUGAAUGUAACCUCUCCUCUCUCUCGUGCAGACAUCUGGUUGUGGUGUGGUGAUGACAAAUUAUAUGAUCGCUUGCCGAAGAACGCAUCAGGUAUCUGUGCCCUCGUGUCUUUGAUAAUGCCUGUGGUGGUUGUCCCCAUUGAAAUACAGAAUCUCAAUUGGGACCUGGAGUUCCCACUGGCGGAGCUCCUGAAGCGAGCCAAAAGAGACGUUUUGCCCCCGUGGUUGAACGACGACGAUCCAACAUAUAUUGACGCUAUAGGAGUGCCCCGGGGUGUACCAGAUGAGUAUAAACUCGCUAAUCAAGUGGCUUCGGGAUUCGAAAGUAUCUUCCUAUGGAUCACCCCCAAUAAAAAUGUAGACCGCAUUAAUUACGUUCAUUACAAUGUCCAACGACUGGGUAAUUAUACAGCUGAAUCAUUCGCCGCAGUUCAUGAACAAUUGGCUGCAACGUCGUUAAUGGCGUUCCAAAAUAGAAUUGCGUUGGACAUGCUAUUGGCUAAGGAACAUGGUGUAUGUGGAAUGUUUGGUGACGCAUGUUGUACUUUUAUCCCAAACAACACGGCACCAGGGGGCCGACUGACCAGGGCGUUGGAAGGACUAAGGACACUGAACAAAAAGAUGAAAGAUCAUUCAGGUGUACACACCGAUAUUUGGUAUGAUUGGAUGAAAGCGUUUGGAAACUGGAAAGGGCUCAUCAUGUCUGUGCUUGUUGCUGUGGCUAUUUUCACUACAAUCAUGAUAUUAUGCGGUUGUUGUUGUAUUCCAUGUAUUAGAUCACUCACUGUCCGGUUGAUCGAGAAAACCGUUGGCCCGUUGCCACCGAUGGGGCAAUAUGUCCUGUUGACUCAACAUGAGCCGCAGGGGGAAGGAAGGAUCGACACCACGCUGGUGGCUGUUUGCUAGGGUAACGGGUGAUGACCUCAUAAAUGAGGUCAUGAGAGGGAAUAAAGGGAAAUGUGCUUUUGGGAGUUUGCAAACAUAUUUUAAGGUUGUGUUAAACUUAUAAUCAUAUUAAUAUCUAGUAUUGGAGUGCUCGUGUGGAUUGGUGGGGCCGAGGAAUGUGCAGGCAAACUGUAUGAACUUGUUUUCUCGGAAGUGUUGUGUAUAGUUCUAGACAGGGAGUACCGGACGAGAUAAUCUCAAGGUCGGUGAGCUACGAGAACAACGAGCAACUAUAUGAAACCAGACUUCGAGGGGAAAACCAAACCGUCUGACCUCAGCGACACCUGGACGGGGAGGAGAUGGCCAUCCACCAAUCAUCUCACAAUAUUUUGCAUGCUUUAAUAUUCAUAUUGUGUUUCUUUAAAACUGGGCAACCCGGAAGAAUGUGUCGUCUUUUGGUGGUCACAAAAACGCACGAGUUUUAGUGUGAGGGACCCGGGACCCAGGCCUGUAUUAGUGCGCUUUGUCAGGAAUAAAUAAUUGGUAAAUUUGG